GUAGGACACUGAAAAUUGAGGCGGUCCAGCCUGGUUACACUACGUUUCCCACAAUGCGCCGCUGCGUAGCCGGGAGGCUGCUGUCACUGUUGGUCGCUCCCUGCCAGUGAGUGGCCGCGUUGAAUCGGUCCAGCAUCAUCCAUGCACAGGCAACGGGGCAAACGAAGAUGUAGAAAAGAAAUACAUCUUAAUAUUAUAUGAAGUGACUGUAGUUGCGGUAAACAGGGUUUCGGAGGCACUGGCAGUUUUGCAAUGGAGGGGCGAAAAGACUACUUUGUGGAUUGUGUGGAGCUUUUGCGAAGCACGGACCGUUAUGUUGAGAGAAAUAAUGCGGAAUAUUCCCCCCUGUAGGUGUUAACGCAGAAUAUUCAAGAUGAAGAAGCAGUUCAAUCGGAUGCGACAGCUCGCCAACCAAACGGUGGGAAGGGCAGAAAAAACUGAGGUGUUAAGUGAUGACCUUUUACAGGUGGAGAAGCGUCUGGAUCUGGUCAAGCAGGUGACACACAGCACUCACAAGAAGCUCACAGCCUGCCUGCAGGGUCAGCAGGGAGCUGACGUCGACAAGAAAUCUGUCAAGUCGCCUUCGAAGAAACUACCGCUCACUAUCUUGGCACAAUGUCUGGUGGAAGGAGCUGCAGUGCUGGGAGAUGACUCCCUCCUGGGCAAGAUGCUGAAGCUGUGCGGAGAGACGGAAGAGAAACUGGCCCAGGAGUUAAUCCAGUUUGAGUUCCAGAUAGAGAGAGAUGUGGUGGACCCUCUUUAUGUGCUGGCAGAGGUGGACAUCCCCAACAUCCAGAAACAGAGGAAGCACUUAGCCAAGCUCGUCUUGGACAUGGACUCUGCACGGACAAGAUAUCAGCAGGCAUCCAAGUCCUCCAGUCAUCCCAGCACUCUGCAGCCUGGCACCAAGUCCGAGUCCCUCAGAGAGGAGAUGGAAGAGGCAGCCAAUCGGAUGGAGAUCUGUCGAGAUCAAUUGUCUGCAGAUAUGUACAAUUUUGUGGCCAAAGAACUAGACUAUGCAAAUUAUUUCCAGACACUGAUAGAAACACAGGCAGAAUAUCACAGGAAGUCAUUAGAGAUUCUUCACAGCAUCCUACCCCAGAUUAAAGCACACCAAGAGGCGUGGGUGGAGAAGCCAUCGUUUGGCAAGUCUUUGGAGGAACACCUGAAUAUCAGUGGCAGGGAGAUUGCGUUUCCAAUCGAAGCCUGUGUCACCAUGUUGCUGGAGUGUGGCAUGCAGGAGGAGGGCCUCUUCAGAGUGGCUCCAUCAGCCUCCAAGCUGAAGAAGCUGAAAGCCUCUCUGGACUGUGGAGUUCUGGAUGUGCAGGAGUACUCCUCUGACCCACACGCCAUCGCAGGGGCUUUGAAAUCAUACCUCCGUGAACUCCCCGAGCCACUGAUGACCACUGAGCUUUAUGAUGAAUGGAUUCAGGCAUCCAAUAUUCAAGAUAUGGAUAAGAGACUCCAAGCUUUAAUGGGGACAUGUGAAAAACUCCCUACAGACAACUUAAACAAUUUCAGAUAUCUCGUCAAAUUCUUGGCCAAGCUGAGUGAGUAUCAGGACGCCAACAAGAUGACUCCUGGAAACAUGGCCAUUGUCCUCGGUCCUAACCUGCUGUGGACGCACACUGAACCAAACAUGACAGAGAUGAUGACCACCGUGUCCCUGCAGAUUGUUGGAAUCAUUGAGCCGAUCAUUCAGCACGCUGACUGGUUCUUUCCUGGAGAGAUUGAAUUUAACCUGACCGGCAGCUACGGCAGCCCCAUCCACACCAACCACAACUCCAACUACAGCUCCAUGCCCUCGCCAGAUGUGGACCAAUCAGAGCGCAAGCAGCCGCAUGACCAGAGCCGGCGCCCACUGAGCGUCGCCACCGACAACAUGAUGCUGGAGUUUUACAAGAAGGAUGGCAUUAGGAAGAUACAAAGCAUGGGUGUCCGUGUUAUGGAUACCUCCUGGGUGUCUCGUAAGGGCUCGUCCACGCUGGUUCGCAAGACCUCCUCCACCCCUCCUGGCAUGCAGGUCCCCGGCUCUCCUGCGGACACACUGAUACCAGAGCAGCCCGGAGAACUCGCCACCUCGCCCUGUGCAACGCCUCCACCUGCAGAAAGAUUCUGCUCAGACAAUGUGUCGCCCCAUCGGCCGGACACCUCUCAUGCCCAUCCACCCUCAGGGGAGGAGCGGCCACCCCCCCCUUACCCCAGUUCCUCCUGCCACACUCUGCCCCACCACUUCUACCCCAAGCCCCCUCCCUGCACCCGCCCUGUGGCACCAGGCCCUGAGUCCCAGCCCCCUGCCUCACCCCCACCCCCAAUAUCCCUCGACAUCAAUUCGAACCCCAAACCCAGCUGCCUGCACUUCCCCAAGCACAGUCCCCCUGGUGACAUGUCACAUGCCCACCCAUCAGACAUUAAUGCCUCACCACUCUACAUCAGAACCCCCCUGGUACUAACCCGCCAUGACCAGUCCCUUGGCAACCCCCCUAGCUUCCCGUCCUCCAUGCCCCCGCCCCCGCCGUGGGCUGCCUGUCCAUGUGCCAGGGAGAGAGGACCCCCCAGGCUGACUAGUUCAUUGAAGAGUAAAGAGCUUUCUCCUGUAAUUGGACACAAAGCCAUCCAGGUGGCAGGUCCAACUGUCCCUCCCAACAGCAGCGGCAGUCCUCAGAGCAGCAACCAGUCCCUUCAUUCUACAGAGCACAGUCCACACUCCCUACGCAAAGGUCCGAAGAAGUUGGCCCCUGUGCCGCCCAAGGUCCCGUACAGCCAGUCUAGUGGGAUGUCCGACCAGUCUACAGGUCAGCCGUCACCGGUCAGCCUGUCUCCCACACCACCUAGCACUCCUUCCCCUUAUGGACUGGCCUGCCCUCCAGGGCAAGUGCCCCCAUCAUCUCCUGGGCAGACCCCAUUCGGGGCACCCCAAUCUCUAUCCUCCCCUCCCUCCCUGACUGGAACGCUAACCAAGUCUCGGCCCACCCCUAAGCCCAGGCAGAGACCAAGUCUGCCCCCUCCUCAGCCACCCACAGCCCCUUCCGGGUUCACUGGCCCGGCUGUGGCCCAGGUCCCCCAGCCCAUGGAGCAGGGUCUCCUGGAUGGACUGUCUCCUGGGGAGAGCAUGUCUACAGAUAUCUUCAAUUAUGAAAUCCCCUCCAUCAAUGUCAAUCUGGACAGCCUCAUCGAUGAGUUCAGCGCUGGUGCCCCCUGCAGGAAGUCCCUGGCAGUGACAGACUCUCCAGACGGAGACGAUGUGUGUGAGGAGGAGCCACAGAGCACCACUCUAUGACCUAUGAGCCUAAGACACCACUGCUAACCAGCACGCACCCCCACCCAUACUUGUUACUGUCACCGCCAAAGGCCUGAUGGGAAAUCUAACCUUACUGAUGCCCACCUGAAAGUCUAUAGAGCUCAAACCCUCCCUCACUGCUGCUACGGGCCGCAGAGAAUCACAUCUGUCACAGUGGCUCGCUAAAAAACAGUCAAUGUAAUCACAACUAAAAUAAGAUAAAAUGAAAACAACCAAAAUGCUAUAGUGGAGGAACAGUUGCCUUUCGGUAAAAGACGACCAUAGAUGAAUAUUAUGUUUUUUAAAAAAUGUCAGAUUUUUU